CGGCGGCAACUUCAAGUUGAUCGAAAAGUUUUCGUUCAAACCUACUGUUCGUUGUAUGUAAAGACGAUAUUUACGCAAAAAGAGUCCAAUUUGUUGUUAUUGUUGUAUCAGUAUAUUUAAACGCAUAAUGUCGACGAAAUCCUCCGUCGAUUUGCGAGCAGAACUCGCCGAAUUAGUGAAAAGAAAAGCAGAAAUAGCCGACACUCUUGCCAAUUUAGAACGCCAGAUCUAUGCAUUCGAAGGUAGUUAUUUGGAAGAUACACAAUUGUAUGGUAAUAUAAUACGUGGUUGGGACAGAUAUUUAGCAAGCAAUAAAAAUACUAAUAGUAAAGCAGAUAAACGAAAUAGGAAAUUCAAAGAAGCUGAAAGGCUAUUUUCUAAAUCUUCUAUCACCUCUAUGGCUGCAGUCAGUGGACUCGUCGAGAACACCCAGGAAAAAAUUGACCGGUACAGUGAAUCGGAGUCGCAGAUCGGCAACAGCGGUAGCGAGGACAAUUGCAGCCUCGUUAAUUCACACGGGACCACCGCCAAUAGUGGCAACGGCAACGGUAACAAGGAGACGUCCGGGAAAAAUCACUCGGUGACUGGCCAGUACAGCCAGAAUGGAUCCGUCGCCACCUCGGCCGAGAUCGCUAGACAAUUCGCGAACGGGCACGCGAGCAACGGCAGCCUGGAGCACGUCUCCUUGAAGGAGAACACCGGCAAAGAACCCUCGAAAAAUAAGUCUGGCAACAACGCGAAAAAGAAUAGCAACAAGAGGUCCAGGAACAGGUAGAACAACCAGAACAGCCGUCAUCUCCAAACGGGUCCAUCGGGCGAGGACUAUCAGCGGAACAUCUCCCUCUUUGUUCCAUUCCGUCGAUGUAUCAGAUCUCGCUUCUUUUCUUUUCUUUUUUAUUUUUUUUUUUUUUUUUUUUUUACGAUAAACACUAACUUUC